AUGUGCUCAGUAACAUUCCUACAGGAUAUACAUUGGUUCAGAAGACUGUGCUGCCAGAGCGUUGUCUCAGAGUCUGAGAGUGUGGAAUCUGUGACGAGAAGGAAUGGGAGAAAGAAUGAAGAAACUACACGAGUUGUGCUGUCGAACUUGUCCUUUGAAGCCAAGUGGAAAGAAAACCCAAACAGACAUUAUGCAGGCAACAAAAUCAAGACCACCCGAUACACAUUCCUGUCUUUUAUCCCUAAAAAUAUUUUUGAACAGUUUCACCGCUUUGCCAACAUAUAUUUUGUGGCCAUUGUUGUUCUUAAUUUUGUGCCGGUAGUCAAUGUUUUUGAGCCAGGAAUAUCUGUGUUGCCCGUCUGUGUUAUAAUGGCCAUCACUGCUCUUAAAGAUGCUUGGGAAGACUUCCGGAGAUACAAGCUGGACAAGGAGAUCAAUAGCAUGGGCUGCCUAGUGUACAGCAGGGAACAGCCUGAUUGCACACGAAUUGGACUGGACAAUGAAAGCCUUCUUCUUCGUGGUUGCAUAAUAAGGAAUACAGAGGUUGCUAUAGGAAUUGUUAUCUAUGCAGGCCACGAAACCAAAGCUAUGUUGAAUAACAGAGGUCCUCGUUACAAACGCAGCAAGAUAGAACAACAGAUGAACAUGGAUAUAUUCUUCUGUGUGGGACUGCUCUUCGUCAUGUGUCUCAUUGGAGCAUUAGGUAUGGAACAGUGCUCUUCCUCUUGUUCAGAGAAAGAUGUGACCCCUGACAACAAGCUGCUGAUGAAAAUGAAGAACCUCUCAUGCCCACCGGAAUCUUUGAAAUCCUUUACUGCUGGAGAAACCACGACUUCAAUCACAGACUUCUUUCUUGCUCUGACCCUCUGCAACACAGUAGUGGUAUCUACAGCAACUGAACCAAGGCAAAGGGUUACGACUCCAUCACUGAUGAAGCAGUCAGGACUCUCCCUGGAGAAAAUUCACCAGCUGUUCCAGUGGCUGAAGUUGGCAAGCCUCAGCCAGACAUUGGUUCAAUCGAAUUCAGACUUAGGAGAGAGUAUUAACACAGAGAGCAGCACUGCCUCUGCGGAAUCAAAAAUGAAAGAUGAAUGUCCUACUCAAAGCUGUUCCAGCUUAACAGAUGAUGAGAGUCUUAGAAGGGAGUCCUUCAGUGAGAAUGACCUCUGUGGGGUUUCGGAUCCCUCUCCAAAUGAGGGGAGCUUUGCAGGCAGAGACCAUGGGCCUUUGCAGGGAGAAAUUUGUUAUGAGGCAGAAAGCCCAGACGAAGCAGCUCUAGUCCAUGCAGCCCAUGCCUACCAGUUUACAUUAGUCUCCAGAACUCCUGAACAAGUGACUGUAAGGCUGCCAGAAGGGACUCUUCUGACCUUUGACCUCUUAUUCACCUUGGGUUUUGAUUCCAGCAGGAAGAGGAUGUCAGUGGUAGUAAGGCAUCCCCUCACCAAAGAAAUCAUAGUCUAUACCAAAGGGGCAGACUCCGCCAUAAUGGAUGUAUUGGAAGACCCUACCAAAGAACAAGAUUUGCCCAUACAGUGCCGAGCACUCAAUAUCACUGAAGACUUGGGACAAGUUCAGUAUGUCUUCUCUGACAAAACAGGGACUCUGACAGAGAACAAGAUGGUAUUUCGAAGAUGUACAAUUAAUGGGAAAGAAUUUUCACAUCAGGAAAAUGGAGCAACAGGAAUUGAAGAUCGGUUGCAAGAAGGAGUGCCUGAUACCAUCGCUGCCUUCAAAGAAGCUGGAAUCCAAACAUGGGUAUUAACCGGAGAUAAGCAGGAAACAGCUGUCAACAUUGCCUACUCUUGCAAACUUCUAGACCAAAGAGACACUGUCUUUACCAUUAAUACAGAAAGCAAGGAAACUUGUGAAUCGCUGCUGGAUAUCAUGUUGGAAGAGGUGCAGAAGGGUCGAGUAAUCCCUACAAAAAUCUGGAGUAUUUUUGGCUUUAAGCUGCCAUUUUCUUGGUCAACCUCAGGACUUCCAAAUCCGGUUAUUGGACUAGUAGUUGAUGGAAGAGCUCUAAAUACUAUUUUCCAAGGAAAACUUGAGCAUAAGUUUCUUCAACUUACAAAAUAUAGCCACUCAGUUUUGUGCUGCCGAUGCACGCCCUUGCAGAAAAGCAUGGUGGUCAAACUUGUACGGAAUCAGCUGAAAGUGUUGACCCUUGCAGUAGGUGAUGGCGCAAAUGAUGUAGGUAUGCUCCAGGCAGCUGAUAUUGGAAUUGGCAUUUCUGGACAAGAAGGUAUGCAGGCUGUCAUGGCCAGUGAUUUUUCAGUAUCUCAGUUUAAACACCUCAAGAAGUUACUUCUCGUCCAUGGACACUGGUGCUAUUCUCGCUUGGGAAAGAUGGUGCUAUACUUUUUCUAUAAAAAUGUGACCUAUGUCAACCUUCUCUUCUGGUACCAGUUCUUCUGUGCUUUCUCUGGGGCUUCUAUGAUAGACUACUGGCAAAUGAUAUUUUUCAACUUGUUUUUUACAUCUGUACCACCAUUAAUUUCUGGAAUUCUGGAUAAAGACAUUUCUGCAAAAACCCUAUUGAACAUUCCUGCGCUUUAUAAAAGUGGACAAAAUUCAGAGAUUUACAAACCUCUGACGUUUUGCCUUGUUAUCUUGGAUGCCUUCUACCAGAGUCUCAUUUGCUUCUUCAUCCCUUAUCUAGUAUACCAGGAUUCUGAUACUGAUGUUUUCUCUUUUGGAACAGUAGUUAACACUGGUGCCCUUCUUACUAUUCUUUUUCACCAAGCUUUAGAAAUUCAGAUGUGGACCCUGUUCCAUGGGAUUGCAAUCAUUGGGAGCAUUUUGCUGUACUUCGUUUUCUCAUCCAUCUACAAUGCAACCUGUGUCCUUUGUAACCAUCCCACAAAUCCCUACUGGAUUAUGGAGAUGGAAUUUUCAGAGCCAAGCUUUUAUUUCACAAUCAUUAUUAUGCCAGUUGUAGCACUUCUCCCAAGAUAUCUUAUAUUGGCUCUGCAAGGGACUUUUAAAAUAUCCUGCAUCCUGAAAGCACAACAACUGGAGAAGUUGCCAAAAGAGCAACAGGACUGUGAAAUACAGAAAUGGAAGCUGAUAAAAGAAGGCCCAGCAAUCCACAGUGAAGAUCCUAGUCAACUCAGUGGAAAUAUUUGUGAUCAUGUAGCACUCAGGCUUCCCGAGACCAGUGUUCCUCAGGGCCUAGGGCCUCUGCAGAAAGAAAUGCUUGAAGAAAGAACUUUGAAUGAGGAAGCCAAAGAUGAUGCCAAAAGAUGCAUCCAGAAAGAGACUGGACAACUUACAGCUGUGGAGCCAUUUACUGGCCAAAUCCCCCAGAACACUGAAAGUUCUCGGCAAAGCCAUCGGAGGUCUGUGAGUGCAGUGACUUUGUGAAGGAGGCACAACUUUCAAGAAGGAAAAGUAAAAAUUGAUUGCUUUCCCAGCCUCUCUCUCCACAAAUAAGGGCAAUGGAAGGAAAAAUAGGAUUCCUUUUUUAUGUUACAUGGCAGCAAAGUCCAGAUGGGAGACCUAAAAUAAAAUUUCAUCAGUAUA